AUGCACUACAUCCGCCUUCUCGCACCGCCAAAGUUGGCCAUCAGCGGCUCCAAGGCUCGACUAGACCUCGUCAUCACAAUAAAUACGGACCUGAGCGACUCGCUCCUGUUUGUGCAAGAUUCCCUCGAGAUAAUCAUUACGGCUGAAGUGGCGUCCUCCGCUGGCAAGACGACAUGGGCUCUCACUGGACGUGGUGAGCUGGUCUGGAAGCCAGGCAUGAGAAUUCUCAAGCCAAGUCUCAAUCUUCCCUUACAGUUUAUAAAGACGCUGGCGGCCUCUUCCAAGACCGAAAUAUGUAUUAGUGCUAAACCAGCACUUUCAGCAACGGGGGUGCAGAGCAUACUCAUGGAUUCUAUCAACUCUGCCCAGGACGAAGUUGGGGGGCUAAUCAUGCCUGUAUGGGCAGAAAUACGCCCCAAAGGACAUAACGACGACCAUAUUUGUACACGGAGACUAUAUUUCAGCGGCCAAAAUGAAGGAGGAGAGUUUCUCGAGAUAGAGGAAGAGCUGGGUGAGAGUAUGGCUCGCCACGUCUGGGACGGAGGACUGGUUACGCUUUGCGCUGUCGCUGGCAUUCCCGCAGGCAAAAAUUACGCCUCAAAUCAAGAGGUGACCAUGACCGCCAUGCGAGACAUAUUGUGCACUGCCGGCGAAUUGAACAUUCUGGAGCUUGGUUGCGGUGUCGGCACGUUAGGCAUUGGUCUCUUCGCUGCGCUCCGACAUAUGCGACCGGCUGGGUCUGGAGGUUGUACCGUCUUGCUGACCGACUUGGAAGACGCAGAGGCCCGGGCAAGCCGUAAUAUUUCUCGCCUGCAAGAGAAUGCGCACACGAAUGGAGAAGACACUGCCCAACUGCUGUAUGAGAACCUGGACUGGGAGAACGGCAGGGAAGGCCGCUUCGGGCCGCAAGUCCAAGCCCGACGUUGGGAUCUAAUCGUGUUAAGUGACUGCACUUACAACGAAGAUGGGCUUCUCUCCUUGGUUGAAACACUGUCAGCCUUACACUCUUUUAACGUAAACAAGGCCACGGGAGAGUCAUCAUUUACGACCAAGGUCUUUGUUGGGACGAAACCCCGGCACUCUUCUGAGAAUGCGGUAUUUGGACUUCUUGAUCAAGCGGGCUGGAAAAUGCAGGCGAAGCAAGUAUUGCCACUCCCUGUCCUAGGAUCGGAGGCACAAACAGUCGAAAUGUACCUGUUUGAGAAGUCAUGA